AUGAUUGCGAUCGAAGUGUCCAAGCUGGCCGUCUCGGCCAAGCAGGCUACCCGCGUCGGGUCCGUCCGCCGGUCUGCCCGUGCUGGCGGCAUCAGCGCCCGCAGCAUUCGUCGCGAUGCCCACGCCCAGCGCCGCGCGUCGCUCAACCGAGUCCGUGCCGCCGCUGUCGAGGCCGAGCCUGGAGCCGAGGCGUCGUCCGAGGGCGCCUCGUCGUCGGACAAGAUCCCCAUUUCGGACCUCGUGGUCGGAAACACUUACAAGGGCAAAGUGAAGGGCGUCCAGUCGUACGGCGCGUUCGUCGACAUCAACGCGGAGGGCGGCGACGGCCUGCUGCACAUCAGCGAGAUGUCGAACGACUUCGUGUCGGACAUCACCGAGUUUAUCAAGGAGGGGCAGGAGGUCGAGGUGCGCGUGAUCAAGAUCGAGGGCAAGAAGUUCGCGCUCUCCAUGAAGUCCCCCGUCGUCGAGGGCGAGUCCGGCCGCGCGCAGCGCACCGGCAAGGUCGCCCGCCGCGCCCCGAAGCGCGACGCGCCCAAGCGCGACGCCCCCGUCAAGAAGGGCGACGUCAUCCAGGGCACGGUCGCGCGCGUCGCGCCGUUCGGCGUCUUCGUCACCGUCGCCGAGGGCUUCGAGGGCCUCCUCCACCAGUCCGAGGUCAAGUCCACGGAGCUCGAGCCCCGCCUGGCCACCAUGUUCAAGGAGGGCGAGGAGGUGGAGGUGCGCGUGAUCAAGGUCGACGGGCAGCGCGUGAGCCUCACGCAGAAGACCGAGGAGGAGCGCCAGCCGUUCAAGUCGCGCGCCGCCGAGGUCGACCCGUCGGAGGUGCAGACGGCGCUCGAGUACGCGCUGCGCGCCAUGGGCAUCGCGCCCGACAUGUUCCCGUCGCGGCCCGUCGAGGAGGACGCCGCGCCCGCGGAGAAGGCCGCGCCCGCGCCCGCCGCCGAGGCUGCGCCCGCGCCCGCCGCCGAGGCCGCGCCUGCGCCGCCUGCGCCAGAGAAGAAGGCCACGGCGGCUGCCGCCGGCGGCAUCUCGGCCAAGGCCGUCAAGGAGCUCCGCGAGAUGUCCGGCGCCGGCAUGAUGGACUGCAAGAAGGCGCUGUCGGAGUGCGACGGCGACAUUGAGAAGGCCUCCGAGUACCUGCGCAAGAAGGGGCUGGCGUCGGCGGGCAAGAAGGCCGGCCGCGUGGCCGCGGAGGGCCUGAUCUCGUCGUACAUCCACGCCGGGUCGCGCCUGGGCGUCAUGGUGGAGCUCAACUGCGAGACGGACUUUGUGGCGCGCGGCGACAAGUUCAAGGAGCUGGCGGCGGACGUGGCGAUGCAGAUCGCGGCGUGCCCGGACAUCGAGUUCGUGUCCGUGGACGAGAUCCCCGCGGAGGUGCAGGCGCGCGAGAAGGAGAUCGAGAUGGGCAAGGAGGACCUCCAGAGCAAGCCGGAGAACAUCCGGGAGAAGAUCGUCGAGGGCCGCGUCGCGAAGCUGCUGGGCGAGAAGUGCCUGCUGAACCAGGCCUACAUCAAGGACACCAACAUGACGGUCGAGGAGCUGAUCAAGUCGUCGAUCGCGGAGAUCGGCGAGAACAUCCGCAUCCGCCGCUUUGAGAAGUACAACCUCGGCGAGGGCAUCGAGAAGAAGGCCUCGGACCUGGGCGCGGACAUCGCGGAGCAGACGGCGGCGAUGAAGGAGGCCGCGGAGAAGAAGAAGGACGAGGCGCCCAAGGAGGAGGCGCCCAAGGAGGAGGAGAAGCCCGCGGUGCAGGUGUCGGCCAAGGCCGUCAAGGAGCUCCGCGAGAUGUCCGGCGCCGGCAUGAUGGACUGCAAGAAGGCGCUCGCGCAGUGCGACAACGACAUCGAGAAGGCCUCCGAGUACCUGCGCAAGAAGGGCCUGGCGUCGGCGGGCAAGAAGGCUGGCCGCGCGGCCGCCGAGGGCCUCGUGGUGACGUACAUCCACGCCGGGUCGCGCCUGGGCGUCCUCGCGGAGCUGAACUGCGAGACGGACUUUGUGGCGCGCGGCGACAAGUUCAAGGAGCUGGCGGCGGACAUGGCGAUGCAGAUCGCGGCGUGCCCCGACAUCGAGUACGUCUCGGUGGACGAGAUCCCCGCGGAGGUGCAGGCGCGCGAGAAGGAGAUCGAGAUGGGCAAGGAGGACCUCCAGAGCAAGCCGGAGGACAUCCGCGCGAAGAUCGUCGAGGGCCGCGUCGCGAAGCUGCUGGGCGAGAAGUGUCUGCUGAACCAGGCCUACAUCAAGGACACGAACAAGACGGUCGAGGAGGUCCUCAAGGGCGCGACCGCGGAGAUCGGCGAGAACAUCGUCCUGCGCCGCUUCACCAAGUACAACCUCGGCGAGGGCAUCGAGAAGAAGACGCAGGACUUUGCCUCGGAGGUUGCCGAGGCCGCGAAGCUGUAA